AUGUCUGGGCGUGGGAAACAAGGAGGCAAGACUCGAGCUAAGGCUAAAACCCGGUCUUCUCGAGCUGGUCUGCAGUUCCCUGUGGGCCGAGUGCACCGCCUGCUCCGCAAGGGCAACUACGCCGAGCGGGUCGGGGCCGGCGCGCCGGUGUACCUGGCGGCGGUGCUGGAGUACCUGACGGCCGAGAUCCUGGAGCUGGCGGGCAACGCGGCCCGCGACAACAAGAAGACGCGCAUCAUCCCGCGUCACCUGCAGCUGGCUAUCCGCAACGACGAGGAGCUCAACAAGCUGCUGGGCAAAGUGACCAUCGCGCAGGGUGGUGUCCUGCCCAAUAUCCAGGCCGUGCUGCUGCCCAAGAAAACUGAAAGUCAUCACAAGGUCAAGGGAAAGUAAAGCCUAAGCCAGGACAGCGCAUAACUUUGUUUUUUCAGUCAUAUAAAGGCUCUUUUCAGAGCCGUCCACGUUUUCACAAGAAAAGCUGGUAACCAGGCUGUUUCGUCGGUAGUAUUAGUUUCAAACGUGUUUGUAAAGUACAGUUAGCCGUAAACCGUUAAGUUCCAGGAAUAUACGCGGUUCACAAUAAGGAUUAUAAGUACAUUAUAUGGGGAAUUUAGGACACCAAGAAGUUUCUAAAACAA